AUGAAUUCAUUACUGCCUGAAUUUUACAAGUCAAAAUUCAAUCAUUGCAAGAAUGCCAAACAGUUUGUUAAAGAAUUUCAUGGAACAGGAAGGGAGCUCUAUCAACAACAGCAAAUUGAUGAGAUUGACAAGCAAAUAAACUCAAUGAUGAACAAACAAAAUCCUGCAGCAGCAGGGGUUGUUCUUGACAAAGAUUAUACUUUAGUUCCUAGUGAUAGUAUUCGAAUCAACAAUAACAUCCAAAGGGCUAAACAAAUAAUUUCAAAUCUAAGUUCUACUGAUAACAAACUAAAAACUUUAGACAGCAAACUUUUCAGUUCCACUGGAAAACUGAAAAGUGGAGAAGCUACCCAUAAGUUCUUUGAAAAACAAUUGGGAGAAGUUGUCCUUCUCCACAGGAAAGUGACAGAAAUUAAUAAUCAGUUAACAGGAUUACAAGAAAAGUUCACUCGUCUCUUUAAGGUAACAUACUCUAAGUCACAAAGUAGAAAACGAAAACAGAAACAAAACAAGAGGAAGGCCAAGAGAGCAAAACAAAACAGAAUGGAGGCUAACUGUAAACAGAUAAUUAGAACCAUUGCACCUCAACGUAACGAUAGUGAUGCAGAGCCCAUAGGCCCACUAGAAUUACAUCAGGAAGGAAUUAUUGGUUUAAAAAAGAGACAGUUGCCUUACAUCCAAUAUGCUUUUGACAAGGAAUUGUUCACUGUGGCUGCAAAGGACACUAUCAAGCAAUAUAUGACAUUUUCCAUGAGUGAGAUUGAGGAGGAUGAUAGUGAUGGUAGCAGUGCUGAUGCCCGUGAUGGUAGCAGUGCUGAUGGUAGCAGAGAUUAUGGUAAUAGUGCUUAUGAUGAUGGUAGCAGUGCUAAUGGUGAUGGUAGCAGUGAUGAUGGUAAUGGUAGCAGUGCUGAUGGUGAUGGUAGCAGUAGUGAUGGUAGCAGAGAUGAUGGUAAUGGUAGCAGUACUGAUGGUGAUGGUAGCAGUGCUGAUGGUGAUGGUAGCAGAGAUUAUGGUAAUGGUAGCAGCGCUGAUGGUGAUGCUGAGAUCAGUACUUCUGAGAUAUUAGACAAUUGA